AUGUCGACCCCAGUGUCGGAGGAAAAUACCCCCAGGAUAGCUCCCCCCAUGGAAAUAUCACCCGUACCGACGGUCGGCUCGGAAGCGCCGGUGCACGUCAACCUCGAGCUACCGACCGACCGGCCCACCAUCAUCGUGUUCCUGCGCCACUGCGGUUGUCCCUUCGCCGAGAAGACGUUCAAGAACCUGACGGCGCUGUCGGUGCAGCACGCGGGAGAGGCGCACUUCGUGGCGGUGUCACACUCGACGCCGGAGGCGACGGAGCGCUGGGUCGUACGCGCGGGCGGCAACUGGGAGGUGAACGUGGUGGUGGACCACGAGCGCGAGCUGUACGCGCGCUGGGGGCUCGGCACGUCGACGACCUGGCACGUGAUGAACCCGCUCACGCUGUACCGCACGCUGCGGCUCGUCACCGACGACAACAUCUGGGGCGACGGCGCCACCGCCGAGAACGGCUCCCGCUGGCAGACCGCCGGCGCCUUCGCUGUCGAUCCCGCCGGCAUCGUCCGCUGGGCCCGCGUCGCCGCCUCCGCCGACGACAUACCCGAUCUCGACAGCGCGCUCGCCGCCGUCGGCGUCCAGGCCAAGCCCCGCCCACCGCCAGAGGUCCGCACCGCCGGCUUCUUAUGA